GAGCAACAUGGAGCAGCAACCAAAUCCCCGUUCGCCAGGACACACAGGAUACUCGGUGCUCGGCGCGCCUUAAAGGAUUCGCAGAUAAAUCAACCGAAAAUUGCAUAAAAUAAAAUUGUUUGCCAAAUUGUGCGCAGCAAGAGAAACAGGAAAGACAAAAAUAAAACCAAAACUCGUACCCAAAUACACAUGUGAAAUAUGACUAGCGAGUUGCAUUGAAAAUAUUAUAAAAAAAUAUUAAAAAAAAGAAAAUACGGCUAAAAAGAAUCUGAAGUAAGAACGCGAACAACUAGCAACAUGCGGUUUCCACAAAUUGUUUACCAAACGGCUUUGGCCACACUCCUUCUGGCAAUCACAUUGGAGCUGGCCGAGGCUUUGAGAGAUGUCCGGGUUCGAGUCCCGCACGCGGUGAGGCGCAGCGAGAAGGCCAUCCUGAAGUGCUUCUACGACAUCGAAGACGACAGCCUAUACUCGGUGAAAUGGUAUAAGGGCAGGCGGGAGUUCUAUCGGUACACCCCAAAGGAAACGCCGCCCAUGAAGGUCUUUCACUUCCCAGGCGUCAAAGUGAAACGCGUAUCCUCGAACGAGAGCCAAGUGGUGCUCGAUGCGGUGACAAUGGCUACAUCCGGUAAAUACAGUUGCGAAGUAUCGGCGGAUGCGCCCUCAUUUCAUACAUUAAUAGCGGCAGCAGAGUUGGAAGUUAUUGAAACGCCGCACAAUGCGCCAUUCAUAACGGGAAUACGACCUCGAUAUCGGGUCGGCGACAUAUUGCGAGGUAAUUGCACAUCGCGACACUCGCGGCCGGCGGCCAAUCUCACAUGGACAGUGAAUAAUGAAGAGGUUAAUCCCGCCCUCGUGCGUCAUCAUAAAAUCAUUCGAGAUUCCCGCAACGACAUGGAAACCGCCAUUGUGGGCAUUCACUUUGUGGUCACGGAUCAGCACUUCGAUAAUGGCAAACUCAAACUGCGCUGCAGUGCCCAGUUGCACGACGUCUAUUGGAAAACCACCGAGAAAAUCGUCCUCGAAGCGGAUCUGUUUGCCAAACACGGAAACGUGGCGAAUGGAAAUCAUGUCAAUCCCGACGAUUUCUAUGACCAAUACGCUCUGCACGAGGACCAUUUGCAAAACAAAAAGAACAGCUAUCUGACACAGCUACAGGAAUUUCUUUCCUAUCAUUUUGUACCCUCAGGCGAAGAAGACGACGGCUCGGAGGGCGGACUGGGGGACGGAGGGGCCGCCUGGCGAGGCGCCGGUUCGUCCAGCUCCAGCGCCCGUUACCCCCCGAAUCCAAGUCAAUCCCGGUGGAUGGUCGGUGGAUCGCUGAUGGCGGUGCUCAGCUGGACGCUGGCCAGGCAAUUAGUGUCGCCGUUGCAGGCGAUGAUGACAAAGGCCGGCGGUGCAGCGUGCAACACGAGCGGAAGGUGCACAAUCCGGCGGACAAGAGCCGUUGGAAUGCGGGUCAUCGCAACAAAGCAAAGGCAGAAGCACGAGGAGCAGGAGCAGCAGCUUCACAAGUCCUGCCUGCGGGUGUCGAAAUGCAGCUGGAAAGGAACCGGAUCGGAAUGUGUAUGCGGCAUCGGCAGGAGCAACAGCAGAUGCAUCAGGCAAUUAACAUGAUUCAAUUGCCACACAACUCCAGUGCCACACUUCAGGGGUAGAAAUUAAAGUGGUGUCCAGCUAAAUAGCUAUAGUUAGGGGAUGUGCGACGUGCGACAUGUGGGGAGGAGUUCAGCCCAAGGCCAAGACCCAGAAGCAACUGCAGGAUGUAUCUAAAGUACUUACACUAACACACCAGACACUCGUUUCAGCUAGCUCAAAGUAACUUCAAAUGCAUUUAAGGAAGGAAUACAAAAGAUACAAGGACAAGAUACGCUAGUUCAUCAUUAAUGCAACGAUAUCUAUUUGUUCAACUUCUCCUAACGCGGAGUUCGGCAUGAGGCUUACAAAUUUAGCAGCUUUCGAGUAUUUAAAUUCUUUAAUCCAUUUUUAAGUACAUUUCGAAACCUCUGCGCCAACUCCAAGGUUCAUUUUACAAAGCAAAUGAAAAUGUUGUGCUAAGCUUUUAACUUUAGGUUCUCUAUACAUUUAUAUAACAAAGUCAAGAUUAUUUAUAAAUCGUAUAAAUGAUAUUUAUAUAUAUAUGUAUAUGUUCUAAAUAAAAACAAAAAGAUAUAUAUAUAUAAACAUACUACGCCUAAAUGUAUUUGCCCCCAAAGAAAAGCCCCAAAA